AUGACAAUCUACUCCUUCUGGAUUUUUGACAGACAUUGCAACUGCAUAUAUAACAGAGAAUGGACUCAAAUUAUACCACAACAUACAACUGACUCAUCAUCAUUACCUAGUGGUUCCAUAAACUCCAAGAACAGUGAGGAUGCUGCAAAGCUAUUGUUUGGUGCUUUGUUUUCUUUGAGAAAUAUUGCAAGGAAGUUGGGUGAUGGGUUUGAUGAAGAAAAUACUCUAAAUUCUUAUUCAACUGCAAAAUAUAGAGCUCAUUUUUAUGAGAGUGCAUCAGGUCUGAGAUUCUGUAUAUUGAGUGAUCCAAAGACACAACAUCUGCAGAAUGUGCUGAAAGAUAUCUAUUCAAAUAUCUACGUGGAACAUAUCGUGAAAAAUCCAUUGUCCCCUGUUGAUUUCAAGCCAGGUUCCAAGAUCACAAAUCCAAGAUUCAUAAGGCUAAUUGAUAACUAUUUACCUACAAUAUAA